GGGAGCUGCCGGCGGGCAGCGUCCGCUCCGUCACACGCGGAGGGAGGGAAGGAAGCAAGCCGUCCCCCAUCGCCGGAGGCAGAUUCCUGAACAUUUCGUUUCCCUGUGGAGCGUCCGUACCCGGCCUGCCUGUUGCCGGGGCCCAGAGCCCUUGGUGGCCCUGGGAGCUGGAUGAGGAGGUCGGGCCUCCUUCCCCUUCCACGAAUUCAUCCCUUGCCUUGCCUGGAAGAGACUCCUCGAGGAGGUGGCUGCUGCACCCGGGAAGGACAGCACCCACCUUACACCCAGCGUUUGUACAGUGUAGGGGAGGACUUGUUUUCUGGUCUGGCCAGCAGAGACUGACAGCUGUGGGGUGCAGCAAAGCAAAGCAGAGUUUCUUGGACUUUGCUUCCAGUGGACACCAGGAUAGAGGAUACCCUGUUUAAAGCCCAGGGUACUGGGGGAGGAAGUCAUUACAGUCUAACUUCCAAGGCAAGGAAAUGAAAGAAACCUAAGCUUAAGGAGGGAGACAUGUCUGUGUACUGGGUGUUGAUAUGCCUGAUGCUCACGCUCCUUUAUUCUGAAUCAGAAAAAGGUGAAUAAAUUGUCUAGGAAAUACAUGAAGUAAUGAACUGCACAACCAUAGGUACCUUGCAUUGAAGAAUGUGAUAUCUGAGUUGAAGGUGAAGGCAGCCUCACCAGAAGUAAAGGCGCACUGAUGCGGCUGCGCCGCGCAGGCAGGAAUCUGGCAAGCCCCUUGUUCUUCCCCGGCUGCUGACCCUGGAGGUUACUGGACCUGCGCUGCGUUCAGCUAUGAAAUUUCUGUUGGUUUUUGAUUUUGACCAUACAAUCAUAGAUGAAAAUAGUGACACCUGGAUUGUGAAAUGUGCUCCUGAAAGAAAACUUCCUAAUGGAUUAAGAAACUCUUACCAACCAGGACAUUGGACAGAAUACAUGGGCAGAGUCUUUGUCUACUUGGGAGACAAUGGUGUCAAAGAAGAUGAGAUGAAAAGAACUAUGACAACAAUUCCUUUCACUGCAGGAAUGAUAGAUCUUCUGGGAUUUAUUGGCGAGAACAAGGAGUUGUUUGAUUGUAUAAUUGUUUCAGAUUCUAAUACAGUAUUUAUUGACUGGAUUUUGAAAGCUGCUGACUUCCAUAAAGUGUUUGAUGAAGUGUUUACAAACCCCGCAGCAUUUAGCAGUACUGGCUAUCUUACUGUACAGCACUUCCAUGCUCACCAUUGUGCAAAGUGCCCUAAAAACCUUUGCAAAAGGAAAGUUUUAAAAGAAUUUCUAGAUAAACAGUUGGAGCGAGGAGUGAGUUAUACACAAAUUGUAUAUAUAGGUGAUGGUGGGAAUGACUUAUGUCCAGUAAUGUUUUUGAAGAAGAAUGAUAUUGCUAUGCCCAGGCAGGGGUAUACCUUGGAGAAAAGGAUUUCUCAGCUGGCCCAAAGUCUCAGUCCUGUACAGUGUUCUGUUCUGGUUUGGUCAUCUGCAAUUGACAUUAUGUCUUACCUGAAACUACUUAUGAAGGAAUGAUUCAAAUGAUAAAAGGAAACAGAUGCAGUUACAUUUUAACUUAUUGGGAGAGAAAAACUGCAUGUGUAUAAAAGCUCAAAAUUGCAAAAUUGGACUAUUAUCUGAAAUGAUGGGGUUUUUAACUACAACAUAAAACUGUUUAUGUUCAAUCCUGGUGAUAAUGGGAAAGUGCAGUAAAAAAGGCCUUGUAACACAGUACAGAUUCCAACAUAAGUGGAGAAGGAGUGUUGGGACAGGACUUGUCAUUAGUUUUUGGUUACUCCCUCCCCUCCAACCCUUUACAACUAUAUAACUGAUAUAUACUUGCAAUCCCACACACUUAGGGGAAUGAGUAGGAUUCCUGUUCAAAAGAAUGAAAUUCUUUACUUAGAAAACAUUAGGUGCCAGGAGUAUGGUUCUAGAGCUGUUGGCUUUUAUACUUCUUUGAUCUGAUAGCAAAUUAUUUGCUUGUAAUCUUGUUUAAUCUGAAGAUGCAUUUAUAUUUUCAAUCUACUAAUUAUUUUACCAAACAAAAUUACUUCUUAAUAUUUGUUAUUAUCUUGUAUUGUAAAGAAAAUAAAAGUUGCCGUCACUGACAAAUGCAACACAACUAAUUUGUGUCAUGUAUUCUGCUGGUCUGUGUUUCAUCAGGCCUGGAGAGAGUAGACACAAGUGUAGGUGUCAGCCUUUAGCUGGUCAUACCCUUUCUCUUCUGGAAAGCUGCAAGGAUGUUGCUUUUUUGUUUAAAGAAAAGUCUCCCAUUCUGACUACUGCCCUGACAGCGCGCUGCUGCCACUCUGUACAGAGCUGACAAUGGUUUGAUCUUCCAUGCUGACGUCUCUGAGUCAGCCAGAUGCCUUUUUUCCUCCUUGGUUUCUGCUGCAGUGCACAGGCUCACAGAAUGGUACAUACAUAUACAUGUAUACACUGAUUUUACCUAUUCAUUCUCAUUUAUAUCUACAGCACAAUCUUUUACAGUCUGGAAGGAAGCAUCUAUGUCCAUUUUAACUUUUAAACAGAUUGUUCUAAGGAGUUGCUUGUGACCAUGCAGUCUUUCUCUUUACCACUGGCACUGAGGUGAGCCCCAAGUGUUGGACUGUGCAUAUAAAGGUAUUAAAAGUAAGUCUCAUUAAAGUUAAAUAAUGUGUUUUCAUGCCAAAUGUUUUUAUU